GAUGCGCGGAGCGGUGCUCGGAGCGGUGCGGGGCGAUGCUCGGAGCGAUGCGGGGCGGUGCGGAGCCGCCACGGCCGCGCUGGGUCUGUCCGCAGGCAAAGGCAGCUGCUGGACGCUGGAUCCCAACUGCGGGAAAAUGUUCGACAACGGGGAUUUCAGGAGGAGGAGGAAGCGGCGAGCGGAGGGGACCGCGGACAGCGGCGGGGAGCAGCGGGUGGCACUGCCGCCCCCGCCCGAGGCCACCGCCCGCUACGGGCACGCCGCGGGCCGGGCGAGCCCGGCUCAGCCCCAGCUGAAGCACGAGAGAGGGAUGGUUUUGUACCGCAGAAAUCGUGAUUAUCACUCAGGAGGAGCCCAUCACAAAUGCAAACAGGAUGUGAUAAAUCAGAUUUACUUCUCCUUUUUUUCUUUUCAAUUUUCCCUCUGCUCCAACACUUGCCUGUGAUAAAUCCUUGUUAAGCACUAGGAUUUCCCUGGGCUUUACUGUGGGAUAACACAGCUUCCCAGGAUUUUUUUUUUCUGGAAAACAGAACAGGGAAUAUUAAAUUUUAUGUUGUGGGGGGGGAAAUCAAGACAAAACCAAAUUUGCAGGUUCUUGGGAGUCCUCAGGGCUGAAGGAAAAGGAAGUUGUAAGUAGUUAUUAUUACAUAAAAAUAUCAGGAAGGAAAAUACCAGGAAAUAAAAUAUCAUUUUCUAUGGAUUGUCAAGAAUUCCCUGCUGCAGGAGAUGGAAACUCAAGUCCUGGAGGAAAAUCCUUGGUAAAAUCCAUGGUGGGAGCAGGUUGGAUGUGAAUGAUUCACCUUGGAACGUGCAGAACCCAGCUCAGCGUGGUGUCUGGGCUUUUUGGGAUGGUGCCGUUCCCUGGGAGGCCCAAACCCUGCUCCUGCAGGACUCCAGCUCCUCUCCCUCUGCCCCCAGGGGAUCCAGGCCCUGGGCAGCUCCUGGUGAGGAGCUGGCUUUGUUGCUUUUGGGAUGGAACUGAUUUUUCCAGCUGAAAUGGGGCCGGACAACAAAACCCUGUGAGAAUUUGGGAUUUUUGUCCCGCUCCCAGUGCUCAGCUCUGGGAUUCCUUCUUGCCCAGAGCAGCUGGGGCUGCCCCUGGAUCCCUGGAAGAGCAAAGCCAGGUUGGAUACUGGGGUUGGGAGCACCUGGGACAGUGGAAGGUGUCCCUGCCAUGGCAGGAUGGAUUUUAACUGGUCCUGGAAUUUGGGCACCUGGAUUUGCCAAGCCACGCUCCCCGUCCCUCUCUUUGGGAGCCUUUGGAAAUGCUGGAUUGUUCUGGGAACCUCCUGAGCCGCUCCUGGAGGGGAACGACUGACUAAGGAAUUGCAGCAGGGGAGACGGUGUCUUCAGGCAGGGAAAAUGGAGUUAUCAGAACAAUUUUUGUUUUCCUGCCCCAGCUGCAGCUGCUCAGCUGAGUUUCCCUGUGCCCCCAGCACAGCCAAGCCAGGGAGAUUUGGGGCUUUUUGUGCCCCAUCCUUGAAGGCAAAGGGGUUCUUCUCACAACCCCAGAAUCUCUGAGGUUGGAAAACACCUCCAGGAUCACCAAAUCCAUCCCCACCUCAUCCCCCAGCGCAGAGCCCGGAGAUGAGGAAGGAAAAACCCCCCUGAAACAUCUGGCUGGGAAAUUAAAAUGAAGAAAUAAUAAUCGAGAAAUAAAAAAUCAAGAGCCAAAGGCUGAUUUGUAGCUGGGGGGAUCCCAUUAGGGGGGUGAUGAUGUUUGGACCCGUGGAAGAAAAAUCAUCCAGCACAAGGAUGGAAUUCUCACUGAAAGAAGAGUCCUAAUGGAAGGGGGAACAACAACGUGAAUAAAAGAGUGAAGAAAUAAAAAGAAAAAUCAUCCAGCACAAGGAUGGAAUUCUCACUGAAAGAAGAGUCCUAAUGGAAGGGGGAACAACAACGUGAAUAAAAGAGUGAAGAAAUAAAAAGAAACGCUGAGGAGCUGAGUGCUGCCCUGGAAAUGAGGAGGCGGCAGCUGAGAUGAGGCAGCAAUGGCUCUGCUGCCGCCUCCGGGCCCUCGGAGCACUCGCUCACGAUAAUUCACUGUUAAUUAACUUUCCCUCUCCCCAGAGGAUCUCAUUGUCCAGUUGCUUUCAGACCUGCCUGAGAAAAUCGGGUUUAAUUCUCUUUCCUGGGUUUAAAGCCACGGCUGGGAGGGGAGGGAGGAUCCUGGGAUUUCUCUCCAGCCCGAGCUGGUGGGAAGGGAAUUUCUGGGAAUGAAAAGGGGUUUGUGCUGUUCUGAAGUCACUCAAAACAAAAGCCUGCUAACACGGAAGAUUUGCAUCCCUCUGGAAUGUAUGGUUUUAUUGUCCUUGGCUGUGUUAGGGUUUCUUUAAGUGAUGCUAAAGGCUUCUUUGAGAAACAAAUUUUGGGAAUGUUUGGUGAUGUGAGUGCUCAAGGCUGAGUCCUGGGAAAUAAUAAUUUCACAUUUCCUUUUCUACUGGAAACACUUUUGUUUCGGUUUUUUUGCCUUUUUUUUUUUUUUUUUUUUUUAAGUACACCACAUGUAAUUCCACAUUUGACAUGGAUUUGAAGGAGAAAUCCUUCUCUGCCCGUACUUUGGACAGGGUUCAUCUCCACAGCUGAAUUUGUUGCUGAGGCUGAAGGGAGAUGCUCGGGGCACCUCUUGGGUUUGCAGUUUCCUGUUCCUUCACCAUGUGAAAUCCCAGAUUUCCCUGGCUGAGGAUGCCAGAGGACAAUCCCAAUUCCUGUUCUCACCUCAUUUCCAGAGAUCAUUUGCAGUUUCCUGCAUUUCAGGAUGAUUAUUUCCAUUGAGGGCAGCAGCCUCUCAUUUCACAACAAGCGUUGUCCUCCAGAGCCACUGAGCAAAUGCUGCUGCGCUGAGUUAUCUCCACCAGCAGCUGCUGGGGAUAAAUCACAUUUUAAUGAUCACACUGGGGGCAAAAUCAGCUCCUGCUGUUGGCAUUAUUAAUGAGGCCAACACCACCCUUGCUCAUAUUCUGCUUUCCCUGCUAGCCUGGGCUGGCUUGGAGUGGAAUUGUUUCCCUGUCUGCUCAGGGGAAUGGUUUUAAAGGGAAAGAAGGGAGAUUUAGAGGGAUUUUGGAAAGGAAUUGUUCCCUGCAAGUGUCCCAGGCUAUGUAGGACAGAGCUUGGAGCAGCCUGGGAUAGUGGAAGGUGUCCCUGCCCAUGGCAGGGUGGCACUGGAUGAUUUAAAUUCCCUCCCAACUCAAACAAUUCCAUCAUUCCAUAGGUCUGAGGGUGGGGCCUGUUGUCCCUUGAAGAAGGAAAACCAAGUCACAGCCAAGGGGCAAAAUUGUGUCCAUUUCCCUGCAAGGGAGCAGUGGGAUGAGGAAACUGAGUCUGCAACAAAUCUUAAACAGACAGAUAAUUAAAAAUAAAUAAAUAAAUAAAUAUAUAUAUAGGAGAAAGUGUGGAUGCCUCAGGUUCAGCUUUUCUGGUUUUCACACUCUGUGCUGCUUUAGUGUGUGGGGCUGGGCUCACAGCAGGGGAUGCUGAGCU